AAGCUCUCCAAACCUGCAUGUCUACUGUCUCUACAUAUAUAUCUAGUAGCUGCAGCCAGCCGUUUCCGAGCAAGAUGGGGAAACGCUUCCUCCACCAGCUGCUCGCCGUCGUCCUUGCACUCUUUCUCUCGCCGGCGAGAUCGGGCGACUGGCUUCCGGCCACCGCCACGUUCUACGGUGGCGCUGACGGCUCCGACACAAUGGGUGGCGCGUGUGGGUACAGCGACCUGUACGAGCAGGGCUACGGCAUCAACAACGCAGCGCUGAGCACGGCGCUCUUCAACGACGGCGCGUCGUGCGGGCAGUGCUACGUCAUCAUCUGCGACAGCAGCAAGACCCGGUGGUGCAAGCCCGGCAACAACUGGGUCGUCGUCUCCGCUACCAACUUCUGCCCGCCCAACUGGGACCUCCCCGCCGUCGGAGACCUCCCCGCCGGCGGCUGGUGCGCCCCGCCGCGGCCCCACUUCGACAUGUCCCAGCCCGCCUGGGAGAACAUCGGCAUCUACAGCGCCGGCGUCAUCAACGUCCUCUACCAGCGAGUCAAGUGCUGGAAGAGCGGCGGCGUGCGCUUCACCAUGGCCGGCUUCAACGGCUUCUACAUGGUGCUCGUCACCAACGUCGCCGGCAGCGGCUCCAUCCAGAGCAUGGCGGUGAAGGGCAACAGCACGGAUUGGAUCCCCAUGUACAGGAACUGGGGCGCCAACUGGCACUGCCUCUCCGGCGGGCUCGUCGGACAGGGCCUCAGCUUCGCGCUCGUCUCCACCGGCGGCCAGAACCUCGUCUUCAAGGACGUCGUGCCGGCGUGGUGGCAGUUCGGACAAACAUACACCACCUACCAGAAUUUCGACUACUAAACUGCACUGCUUCAUAAUUAUAUACAGUCCACAACAAUAUAAACUACACUGGUUUGUCUUCAUUUCAUCUCAUUUGUAGUUUGGAAAUCACUUUAUUAUUAUUCAACCGCCAACUGAUCAUUGUAAACAGAGUACACUGAAAAUUUAUUGUAAGUACCCACCUAAUCCUGUGUUUGCGGUUGAUUUGAUUUGUGGAUUUAAAAUUUCCACCCACGAA